AUGGCCAUCCGACAAAUCAAGCUUCCUUUGUUCCCCUGCUUAGAUAAACAGGUUUGGGGAGCUGCUUCAAAAGGAAUUUUCUCCACUAAGUCUACAUACCAUUUGUUGCUGAACCUGAGGGACUACCUUGCGACCGGGCAUGCCUCUUCUUCAAACCGUCAUAAGUGGGAAGAUGUCCCAACCAGUGUUUGGAAAAGGAUAUGGCACUCCACAACACUGCCGAAGAUUAAGAACUUUCUCUGGCGCAUCUAUGUAGAUGGAAUCGCUUGUGGAGACAAUCUAGCUCGGAGGAAUAUUUCUAUUGACCCUGGCUGUUGUCUAUGUGGAUACAAUUUGGAAACUUGUGAUCACCUACUGUUCGAAUGCCCUUUCCCCAGAGCAGUGUGGUUCGGGUCCAAUCUCAGCUUCCUGGUUUCCAACAUCCAACCUUCUCUUGCAGGUCUUCUCACUGGAUGGGAUAAGUUUCCAUUUCCCUCUAAAGAUCGAGGUAAAGAAGUUCUUUGUUUGGUGUCCUUUGUUUGCUGGCAUAUCUGGUUGGCUAGAAACCACAUUACCUUUACUGGUAUUGGUUGGUCCCCUGAAGAGGUCAUCUCUCGAGCCCAAUCAGCCUUUCAAGAAUUUUGGGACAUUUCAACUACAGGCAAAGGUCCUACAGAGCCAGUGACCCAACAUCUCCCUUCCACCUUGGAGAUCGCAGAGGGCUGGCAAUGCCCUCCAACGGACUACAUCAAGAUCAACUGCGACGCAGCCCUCCCUCUUGAUUCCACGGCUGGUGGGUUGGGAUUCAUCGCCCGUGAUCAUAAUGGCUCUACAUUAACUGCUUGUUCAGAGCCAAUCUUCAUUUCUAAUGCUCUGCUCGGAGAAGCAUUGGCAGUUAGAGCGGGCUUAUAUUGGGCAAACCAGGCUAAUAUCCCCCUAUUCAUUGUGGAAUCUGACUGCUCCAACCUGAUCAGUAUUCUCAUUGGAGGCAAUUCUCACCCUCUAGACCUUGAUGGUGUUAUCCAUGACAUACUUCGGCUAGCGGAAAGCUUUUCCAGCUGUAGUUUUGUUAACAUUUCUAGGGAUGUCAAUGUAAUUGCUCAUCACCUAGCCAGGAAGGCCUUGUCUGCCACAAGCCGGACAAUAUGGCCUCUUUCCAAUCCUUGGCUCUUGAAUCUUUGUAAUCAGGAGUCCUUGAGCUUUGCUUGUCCUUUGGAAUAA